CCCAUACCGAGCCAAAAUGAUAGUAAUAGGAUUAGGAGGCAAUCUCAAACUGCCCCUCCCAUUACCAUGUAACCGCCACCAACCACCACAAAAACUAACCUCAAAAUUAUUGUCCCCCAAAUGUGCACUCACCAAACAAGCCCACCGCUUCCUCUCCACCCUCUCCACCACUGCGAGAGACCCCUCGGCCUCUUCCUCAGCCACACACAAACUUAUACAAAAAUUUGUUGCAACCUCACCAAAAUCUGUUUCUCUCAACACCCUCUCCCAUCUCCUCUCCCCCCACACCACCCACCCCCACCUCUCCGCCCUCGCCCUCCCCUUCUACACGAGAAUCACUGAAGCAACAUGGUUUGAUUGGAAUCCGAAGCUGGUGGCAGACCUGGUGGCCUUGCUUGAUAAGCAAGGACGUUAUGAGGAGUCAGAAAAGCUAAUUUCCGAAGCGGUUUCGAAGAUAGAGUUGCGAGAGCGAGAGCUGGUUCUUUUUUACUGUAACUUAGUGGAGUCUCACUCCAAGCAAGGUUCAAAGCGAGGGUUUGAUGUAUCUUUCACUAGUUUGAAUCGGGUUGUUGAUGAUUCGAGCUCUGCAUACGUGAAACAACGAGGUUUUGAGGCUAUGGUUAGUGGGUUGUGCGAAAUGGGGCAGGUUUGUGAAGCAGAGAAGAUGUUUGAUGAAAUGCGUCUGAGAGGAGUGAAAGUGUCGAGGUUUGAAUUUCGGUGUGUUUUGUAUGGAUAUGGGCGGUUGGGAUUGUUUGAAGAUAUGGAAAGGGUUGUGAACCAAAUGGAGAGUGAAGGGUUUGUUGCGGAUACUAUAUGUUGUAACAUGAUACUUUCGGCUUAUGGAUGUCAUUGUGAGUUGGCAAGGAUGGUUUUGUGGCUUAGGAAAAUGAGAGCUUCCCAGAUUUCCUUCUCGAUUAGGACUUACAAUUCGGUCUUGAAUUCAUGCCCGACAAUAAUGUCGAUGAUGGUACAAGAGAUGGAGACCGGUAUGGACACUCUACCUCUUUCGAUUGGGGAGUUGAGUGGCGUUUUGAGUGGUGAUGAGGCAUUGGUAGUGAAAGAAUUAGUCGAGUCCAAUUCGGUUUUGGAAGAGGUAAUGACAUGGGAUUCCUUGGAAGGCAAGUUAGAUUUGCAUGGGAUGCAUUUGGGUUCAUGUUACUUGAUGAUGUUGAAGUGGAUGGAGGAGUUGCGGAAUGGGUUCAAGGAUGGGAAGUAUGUAAAUCCAAGAGAGAUUACGCUUGUUUGUGGGUUGGGAAAGCAUAGCAAUGUUAGAGGUGAAUCACCAGUGAAAAGUUUGGUUAGGAAAAUGUUGGUUCGGUUGAAGAGUCCAAUGAGGAAUGAUAGGAAGAAUGUGGGUUGUUUUGUUGCCAAGGGGAAAGUUGUGAGGGAUUGGUUAUGUUGAUUGGAAGGAGAAUGUGUUCUUUCAUGGAUUACUUCAGAACUCAGAAAAAUUCAUGUUUGAGAGGAAAUGCCAGCCUAGUCUUGAGUAGGUAUUCCACUAACUUAAUGAGUUCAAAUAUCUGCCUGGUCUUUACUAUAUUUAUCUGGUUAUCUGAAACCUGAAGCUACAUUUGAGGUUGGACCAAUGACAAUUUUUCUGAAGAGCUCAGUGUAUAUAUUAAGUUUGAAUUACAUC